ACUUACUUGGUAACCAGACCAUUUAACAUUGCUUCGUCAAUGAGAAUGGCAUGGUUUGGAAAUCCUUUUUGUCUGGUUAAAUUAUACCAGCGUCUCCGCUGUUUCCCUCAGGGUCAUUUAAACUGGUGCUCCAGCCUUAGGAACAGGAUCAAAGUGAUUCUUUAAAACGAAUAUAAGCCUACGUGGUACUGUUUAGAAAUGUUUGUAGUGUGUGUUUGUUAAUCCAACGAGGUUACAAAUAAUUUGCAUUUGAACGUUUUCCCUCCUUUUGUUAUGCCACAUUUUAUGACCUUAGUGCUUCAGAUAACCAACGGUAUACGUCCAUAUCUUUGGGGAACAGGCUAAGUUAGCUAUUAGCUAACCAACAGUUUUCUGAUUUUAGACGUCCUAUAGCGUUGGCUAACGUGAUAAAACUAGAAUUUUGCUGCCGUCUUGUGCUAGCCAGCGUCUUACUCAAAUGUGAAUUUGUAUGGGUUCCGCAAACCACAAGUGCAACAACAGCAGUGUUCUGUCAAAUUAAGAAGCGAUGUGCAGCCCACGUGAGGUACUACUUGUUGGCGAGGGCAACUUCUCUUUUUCAGUUGCCCUGAUCGAAUCGUCCAUAGAUGAGCUAAAUGUAACAUCAACUUGCUUGCAGUCAGAGGAUAAGGCAUAUCGCCUGGAUAAUGCUCGAGAGAAUAUACAGCGCAUACGCGAUUGUGGCUCAACGGUGCUCUUUCAAGUGGACUGCACAUGCCUGAAUGAACAUGAAGCUCUUCAAAAUCAUCUUUUUGACUGCAUUAUCUUCAACUUCCCCCAUUUCGGUCGCAAAAGCGGAGUAAAAAAGAACCGUAAUCUCCUGGCUAAAUUUUUCCUCAGUUGUGUGCAGGUCUUAAAAGGUGAAGGAGAGGUUCAUGUGGCCUUGUGCAAUGGCCAAGGUGGUACUCCAGCUGACAGUCCAAUGAGAGAGUGGCACAACAGUUGGCAAGUUGUUGCCAUGGCAGCGGAAGCUGGCCUGGUCUUGAGUGAGGUCCAUCCUUUCGAUCCGAUGAAAUAUCAGGGCUAUAAAUGCACAGGUUACAGGAGCCAGGAUAAAGGUUUCCAUGUGGAAAGUGGUCUUAACCAUAUCUUUACCCGAAGUUAUCCAUAUACUACACCAGCGUUGACUUUAAAAAUGGAGGCAGCAUUGGGCAAAGAUUCAAUAUUAUUUGAACUUCCAGAAGAGCUAAGUGAAUAUGUGAACAGGUCAUUCCUUGACUCAGAAUCCUACCACCCGGUCAAACUAGUACAGGAGCAGCUACUUCGGGAGCUGAAGUCAUCCUGGCCUGUUUACACCUUGACCCAAAACUUUCCAGAACUGGUCUGUUGCACCCCAGACCAGCCCCAUACAUUUGGCCCAGAUGUUGCUACCUCUGACAUGUAUUGGGUGAGGCCCAUUGAAACCCAUGGCCCACGUGAGGAAGACGAGAUGAUGGGUGAUGACCACCUAAGCUCCAACACCAAGUAUGCGCUACAACCAUCUAUGCUGAUGCAUCUUUCAGAGAUUAUCCAGCACAAAGAUUUCAGCCCGGGGACUCUGCACGCCCUGAGUGGUCUGGUUUUCCGUCGAGCCCCCGUGUCCUCAAGCACGUCUCCUGUCCAUCACCAGCUGCUCCUAGUUGGAGCUUUCCCCUCCGACUCUGAACCUUUAAAGUGUCUCCAGGGGUGUUUAGAGACACUUCUGUCUCCUUAUGGAGUCUCAUUUGUAGGGGACCAAGAGGACAACAAGAAGGUGUGGAUGAACUCAGAAAAACAUCCUAAGUUUGGGAGGUUAGUGUACGUGUCUGCACCAGAGUAUGAGUUUCAAGGUGUGCGACUGUCCGUGGUCACGAUUAACCUUGACUACUUGGCCACUCUUGUCUUCAAUCUGUUUGAUUGGCGCUUGCUCUGGAGUCCUGACCCCCGCUUCCUUCACCACUUCUCUUCUAAACCCCUUGAACCUUUCUGCACAUUCUCGCUGUACCCACCAAGCUACUCGCACGACAUCAGCUUCUGGAUGGAACCAGACAGCUUUGACGAACUUGACUUCCAUGCUGUGGUCCGUCAAGCGUCAGCAGGCGCGGUAAGAGAAGUGGUGCUGGUAGACCGUUUCCGACAUCCACACAUGGGUCACGCCAGUCUUUGUUACCGGUUGACCUAUCAGUCGCCUGAUCGCGCACUUUCGCACAGUCAGGUAAAGGACAUACACAAUCAGUUGCGACAGCUGAUGUCUCAAAAACUGCAGGUCACACUCAGGUAGAGCAAAAAAGCGGUUUAACCUUACUUGAAGAUCAAGGGCCCAGAUAGAAAAGGUUGGCAAAGUCUAAAGUCUGACUAAAGCUAAUUUAAUAAUGAGGCAAAUCUAUUUGGUAAUUUAAUGCGAAGAGAAAGAUUCUAAGCUCAAACAUUGGUGGAUCAGCUCAAUACUUCCACACGCCACACAAUAGCUUUAGUUAUUUCAUGAGACACUCAUUAGGUGGGCUUACAUGGAUACUUUUAUUGGGGGCCAAGCAGCGAAGCUGCGAAGGCACCCAUUGUGUUUCUUAGUUUUCUAAGGCACCCAUUGUGUUUCUUUAGUUUUUUGCCCCAUGAUUAAUCUCACCAAGUUUCAAGUCUGCACCCCGAGUGAUCUAACGCCACCAACAGGCCAAAGUUGGACAUGCUUUCACGCACGUAACUUCUGACCCGUUGGCUCGAUUUUGAAAAAUGACCUAUCCUUGGAAUCCUUGGACUAAGCCGAGUUCAA